UCGCCCUCCCCCGCCCCAAUCGAAUCUCACCGGAGCUCCCCCGCCGAUUCCAAUCCCCCUCGCCGAUCUGCGAUUCCGACGGCGUCGCGAUUGAGAUUGGAUUUCGAUUUUUCGGGUUUUUUUUUUGUCGCCUUGCUCUUCGAGAUAUCGGACUGGUGGUAGAUUGCGAUCGAGCAAUCCGAAUCGGAGCUGCUGUUGUUGUUGUCGUCGUUGGGGUUGUGGUUGGUGUUGAGGGUGUGUUUGGGGGCGGGGGGAUUGGAUUGGAUUGGAUUGGAUUGGAUUAGAUUAGAUUUGCGGGGAGGCGAAUCUUCGGCCCUCUGGCGGGGGAUGGACGGAUUGUUAUCUGGACGGGGGAUAUCGAAUUGAGGGGGAAAGAUGACGAUGCCUGGAUUAGCCGAGGGAAAUGACCAAUCCGGCGAUGCUUCCCCGGUGCGGACGGCGGCCAAGGGAUUCUGGUCCAAGCAGCACGAUGACGUGGGCUACAGUCAGCUCCAGAAGUUCUGGAGUGAGUUGUCCCCACAGGCAAGACAAAAGCUCCUGAGGAUUGAUAAGCAGACCCUUUUUGAGCAGGCUCGUAAGAACAUGUACUGUUCUCGUUGCAAUGGCUUGCUACUUGAAGGGUUUCUACAAAUUGUCAUGUAUGGGAAGUCUUUCCAGCAGGAGGGAGCAGUUGGGCACCUUACUGAUAAUAGUGCAGCUUCUUUGAAAACUCAGGAUGAGGGUGGACUGAGUGUGACUACUAGGUGUCAGGAAGAGAUUCAAGAUCCUUCUGUGCAUCCUUGGGGUGGUCUAACCACAACACGUGAUGGGUCCUUGACCAUUCUAGAUGGCUACUUGUUUUCAAAAUCUUUGAAGGGGCUCCAAAUUGUAUUUGACAGUGCACGUGCAAGAGAACGGGAACGUGAAUUACUUUAUCCUGAUGCAUGCGGCGGCGGAGGUAGGGGUUGGAUCAGCCAAAAUACGACAAAUUAUGGCCGAGGACAUGGGAUGAGAGAAACAUGUGCAUUGCAUACAGCCCGACUUUCUUGUGAUACACUGGUGGACUUCUGGUCAGCUCUGGGUGAAGAGACGAGGCAGUCUCUCUUGAGGAUGAAGGAAGAGGAUUUUAUUGAGAGGCUCAUGUACAGGUUUGACAGCAAGAGGUUUUGCAGAGAUUGCAGAAGGAAUGUCAUUCGUGAGUUCAAGGAGUUAAAGGAGCUGAAGCGGAUGCGUAAAGAACCUCGAUGUACUAGAUGUUUCUGCGCUGCAGAUACAGCCUUCCAAUAUGAGGUAUCUGAUGACACUGUUCAUGCUGAUUGGCACCAAACAUUUGUGGACUCUGUGGGGUUAUAUCAUCAUUUUGAAUGGGCAAUUGGAUCAGGAGAAGGGAAGUCUGACAUUCUGGAAUUUGAAAACGUUGGCCUGAGUGACAGUGUGCAAGUCACUGGGCUUGAUCUUGGUGGUUUAAAUGCUUGCUUUAUCACUUUGAGGGCUUGGAAACAUGAUGGGCGAUCUACUGACAUAUCUGUUAAAGCUCAUGCUUUAAAAGGUCAACAAUGUGUGCAUAGUAGGCUUGUAGUUGGCAAUGGUUUCGUGACAAUUACAAGAGGGGAGAGCAUUAGAAGGUUUUUUGAACAUGCCGAAGAGGCUGAGGAAGAAGAGGAUGAUGAUUCCAUGGACAAGGAUAGGAAUGAUCUUGAUGGAGAAUGUUCACGUCCUCAGAAGCAUGCAAAGAGUCCCGAACUUGCUCGAGAGUUUCUUCUGGAUGCCGCAAUUGUUAUAUUCAAGGAGCAGGUUGAGAAGGCUUUUAGAGAGGGGACAGCACGGCAAAAUGCACACAGCAUUUUUGUCUGUCUUGCGUUGAAGUUGCUGGAAGAACGUGUGCAUAUUGCUUGCAAAGAAAUUAUCACGUUAGAAAAGCAGAUGAAACUUCUGGAAGAAGAGGAGAAGGAGAAGCGUGAAGAAGAGGAGCGCAAGGAGAGGAGAAGAACAAAAGAAAGAGAAAAAAAGCUUAGAAGAAAAGAGAGGUUGAAAGGAAAAGAAGGAGAUAGAGAGAAAAAAGACAUGUUGGAUGAUGUUCCUCCUGUUUCGUAUGACCUGAAGGAUGAACCAAGACCAGGUGUCAUUGAGGAGCCAAACGAGAUUGCUAGCUGUGGCGAUUCAAUUUGUGACGCUGGUGAUGUUGUCACUUCCAAGUCUGCAUCUUUGGAUAGAGAAGAUGAAACAUUCUCCAGUAGUGUAGAAAAUUCAUUUAAUGAGAGUUCAGAGGUGGAUUUUGCCGAUGUGAAAGAUGUGGCUGGUUCUUUUAUGACAGAUAUAUCCCAAAUUUCCCAGAGAAGACCAAAGUUUCAGAAAGAAGGAUUACAGGAACAAUUUUUCAGAUGGUCUGACAGACGUAGACCUGCUGUUGUUUCAGAAAGUGGUGCUGCGGCUAAUCGAUCUGAGUCAAGAUAUUUUAAUGAGAAUAUUGAAUUUCACUCCAGGGGCAUGAAUGGAUGGAUUAGGCAGACAAGAACGAACUCACAGAAAUCAAUAUCUAGAAACUCUGGCACCAAAUACUGUGAGAAGUUUCAGUCUCCCAAAAACAGGAUGAAUGACAGAUAUGAUAUCCAUUCGUGUAGCUGCAACGAGAUCAACUGUCAACGAGGAAAGGUUGGUCCACAUAUUGCUGGGUCCAGAGCAGCUCGUGAGGGGAAAUUUGGGACCAGCUCAGAAUCGGCAUUUGAUGUAUCAAAGAAUUUUCAUCGCAGCAAUAAGUAUAAUCAAGUGGAUUGUGCUCAUAGUGUUGGAAGACCAAAAAGCAGAGCAAAUAGUGGCAGCAUUACUAGCAGGGAUAUAGUCCAUUCUAGGAAAGUGUGGGAGCCCAUGGAAUCGCAAAAGUACCCUCGGAGCAACUCUGAUUCUGAUGUUACCUUAUUUUCCUCUAGUUUAAGUAUACAAGGGAAGGAGUCUGGUGAUGUUAAGUCAGCUGUUGAGUUGUGUUCAAGCGAAGAUAGUCGAGAUUUAAUUGGAACUGAUCAGAAAGUUUCCAAUCUGAAAGAUUUUACUGAUUCUGGCAGUGGAGCAGAUGAAGUUUGCAAAAGCCGACCUGAUGCUAGUGCAGCAGAUGCUCACGACUCAAGAGAAGCUACUGAUGAGGAAGUUAGGUCAUGUCUUGCAAGGAGUGGUACCAGUAAUGGGACAAGUGAUAUUGUUACGAGUUCCACUUCCAAUUCCGAUAACUGCUCAUCAUGCCUCAGUGAGGUAGACAGCAAUGCAUCCUCAAACCAUGGAAACAUAGAGUCUUCAUCUACAUCGGAUUCAGAGGAUGUCUGUCCACAUUCAGAAAGAAGAGAAGCCUUAACCUGUGAUAGCCGUUCUGAAUGUCAUAAAGUCAAGGCGGAGGCAAAAGAGGUUAGGGAUAGAACGGAUGUGCUGGGUGGACAACCAGUUUUUGGGUUUCCACUUGAUAGCAUGGCAACUGGUGUUGCUUCUUAUACACCAGUUAAAACGCCCCACUCCUCAAAUGAUAUAAACGGGAACCUCAGUGUAGCUUCUGAGUAUCAAGGAACGCUUCCCCAAAUGCACAGCCAAAGUUUGUACUUCCAGAUGUUUCAGGGUCAUGCACCCAUUGGUUAUUACCCUCAAAAUCUAGUUCCGUGGCCAGCAGUUCACACUAAUGGGCUAGUGCCAUAUCCGCAUCCAAGUAAUUAUAUGUACGCUGGUCCUUUGGGGUAUGGUCUAGAUGGAAAUUCUGGCUUCUGCAUGGGCUACGAUGCCAUGUCGCACUUAACUGCUGUACCUAAUACUAGUCCAGUUCCUGUCUAUCAGCCUGCUGUCAAAGCCAACAGUUACUACCCAGAGGAGAGAAAUCGCAUUCCCAAGCAAAGUGUCAGUGUGAAGGACGUGAAUGAGGUCAACAAAGAGAAGGCUGUUCAAACAGGAUCGAGAUCUGCAGAGCCAACACAAUGUGGGGAUAGCGGACAGAGAAAUUCUUCGGCUAAGGUGUGCCCUGAGGACUCAGGCUUUUCCCUCUUCCAUUUUGGCGGCCCGGUGGCUCUUUCAAACAUAUCGAAUCCAAAUGUCGGGCCUGAUGUAGGGGCGGAUGGAAAUAUUCCUACAAAAGUUUCGACUGAUCCUGUGGAAAUUAAUGCCCCUUGCAACAAGAAGGAAACUACUAUUGAGGAGUACAAUUUGUUUGCUGCUAGCAAUGGAAUAAGGUUCUCAUUAUAUUAAAGUGUGCAGAGGUGGUGUGAGGUGGUCGUGUGAGAAUUCAGUCCAUAUCUUCUUGUUUGGUCAUAGAGGUCUGAGUAUUUUAUGGUUUUUUUUUCGUGCUCAAUAAUUUCCCAUUGAAUGUCACAAUUUUCGAAUACAAUUUUCUCUUUUCGAGUUGA